CAGCCUUGGAUCCGCGCAGGCUUCAAACGUCGCUUGAGUUCUUAGCUUGCGCCGGAGAAGAGGAAAAGCGCCGCGGGCCGGCAGAGGAAAAGGCUGCAGGUGCGUUGAAAGACAGCCAAGCGAUUAGAGGUUGUGUGCAAGGAAACCUGGUUUGUAUAAGACCACGAUGACAACGUCAAGCCUCUGCAGCAUCUGGAUUGAGACCCAAGCUCCCAGAAUGCCCUUUUAUCUUCUCCUUCUCCUUCUCCAGCUCCCAGUGUGGGGGAAAGGAAACCCAGGUGGAGCAAGUGACGUGGAAAACGAAAUUAGAAGAAUAGAAUCAAAAUUGAUAAAAUUAGAAAUGCCUCAGCGAAGUAGGGGUACCAUACGUGAAGAUCCCUUUUUAGAUCUCCAACAUCUGGAGUCAAUUUUGACAGAGACACAGUUCCAAGAAGAUCACAAGAGGUUUGGGAGAUCAAAGGUGCUUGCCAAUGUGCACAAAAUUCUACCUAAGACACAAACUUUGACCAUUGAGGAAAACGUGAAUGAUGUUGAAAUCAACCAGUUCCAAGUGGCUCUGUCAAAAACAGUCUUAACAAAAGCCAAAGGUGGAAAAGUCAACCAGGAUGGAAGAGUUGUGAUGUUGGCAGCGACCAGCCCGGUGCUCUUCAUGGAUAAUGAUUCCCACCCGAUCCUUGGUGGAAAAGUGAUUGGCAUCUCAGUGGGGAAUACAUCAGUUCAUGGGUUGCUCCCAGAAGAGCGAAUAUCAAUAACUUUUUGGCACAACCAG